AUGGACGCCAUCAACAAGCUGCUACAACCGUAUACGGGCAAGACGUCGACGGUCGCUGACGACGUGACGGGCUUCGUAGCCCUUGUGCUAGUGCCCAUGUUGGACCGCGGCACGUUUGCGGCACUGCAAGACUUGGUAAGGAAGAGGGGAGAAGGGAGAAGGAGGAGAGCAAGGACAACAAAAAUGACCCCGAUCUCCUUCAUGGCUAACCAUAGUGUGUACGUCAUUGUUCGGUUGCAGUCUGGUGUGGCUCUUGUCUACUACUACGAAGACUACUACCUCAAGAACCCGCCCACGAACGACGGCAUGCCGGACGCCCCAGACACGAGCAAUUCGUGUGAAAGCCCUGAAGGUGACAGCCAGAAUGUCGACGCCGUUGUUGGCGGCCCGCGCGUGGCCAUGGAAUCUAAGGAAGAACGGGAAACCGAUCUCCACCAGGAUGCGCCCAACCGCACGCUGGCCAAUACGCCGAGCCAUACCAGCGAGCUGGCCCGGCGGGCGCCAACCUCGGUACUAGAUGCGAGCGACUGGGCGCUAUCGCAGCUGUCGACGAUCCCAGGCAAGACGUGGAAGCAGCGGGCGAGCGGGUCCGUUGGAUUUGACGCCGACGGCAGCCCACGGUACAAGUUCAAUUACGACAACGACCCAGCGGGCGCGGGCCAGACGGUGUACCUCGUGGCCGAAAACGUUGUGUGGCUGUGGCAUCCCGAGUUCCACGAUGCGCUGGCGGCCGGGCGCAUCCACCAGCUGCGAAACCGCGUGUACAUCACCGACGACCGGCGGCCCGACCUUGACUCGCGUCACGGCAGCUCGGUGGCGGCGCGUAUCAACGGUGCGAGGCUGGGUGUGUGCAAGAUGUGUACCGUGGUGUGGGUCGGGUGGGCGCCGAAUGACUAUCCACGUAUGACGGCGGACGGCCUCAUCGAACAGCUCCAAACAGUGAUCACCGACGUGCGACGCAACAAGCUAUAG